GCCCCUCCUGUAUCAACAACGCGCCUGGCAAGUCACGACUGAGAGAGUGAUCAGGAGAGAGACACAGAGUUUUUCCGACGAUGUUUCUGCGAGUGAUCGGACGGCCAUUACUGGCCAAGGUGAAGCAGACGACCGGGAUCGUAGGUCUGGAGGUCGUCCCUAACGCGAGAGAGGUAUUGAUCGGUCUUUACUCUAAAACCCUAAAGGAGAUCCAGGCUGUUCCCGAGGACGAAGGAUACCGUAAGGCGGUCGAGAGCUUCACGCGCCACCGCUUGAAGGUUUGCCAGGAGGAAGACGACUGGGAGAAAAUUGAGAAGCGGCUUGGCUGUGGCCAGGUGGAGGAGCUCAUCGAGGAGGCUCAGGACGAGCUCAAGCUCAUUGCUAAAAUGAUCGAGUGGGAUCCCUGGGGUGUUCCUGAUGACUAUGAAUGUGAAGUGAUCGAGAACGACGCUUCGGUACCCAAGCAUAUUCCUCUGCACCGACCAGGUCCUCUCCCGGAAGAGUUCUACAAAACGCUGGAAGCCAUCGGUGGUGGUAGUUCGCAAAAGGUAGAGACAGCCGAAAAAGCAUCUCAGGUGACAGAGUGACCCUUUUUUACCAUUUGGAGGCUUCGAGUUUCGGAAUCGAAAGCUGUUCUUUGUUUUUGCCCUUGAUGUUAUCUAAUUAUGUUUGUUCUCCAAUAGAGUGCCUGUAUGCAGGAAUGAUUGUUGACAAAGUCGCGUACUUCAAUAAUCUUUACCCAAUUCUGGAAUUACAUAAAUUUACCUUUUCAUUGCCUUGUCUAAA